AUUUGCAGGUGAGGGUUUGCUUAGUCCUCCGGCGAUGUGUCGCCGAUUUUGGGUCGACGGCUCCCCACCUUGGUCCCCUUUCCAACGUUCUCCCUCAGAGCCGGAGGGAAGGAGUGGAUGAGGACGGCAGAGAGAAUUGGUCCUAGAUUUCGCCCUCCAGGAGCAUGUCGACGAUGUGGUGAACAAGCUGCUGUAUGACUCGCAUUAUAUGGGCCACGCGGUCACCCAUCUCAAUCCGACUUGGACGUCGUCUCUGUUGACCUGGAAAUCCAGAGCCAAGCUGGGACGCGUGUACUGGGUGAUCGUCCUCUGGUCUGUCAUUGUCGUCUACGUCUUGGAGGAGAUCGUUGGCCACGAAGAUGGAUUUCCUCCCGACAUAGCAGUGUACGAGGACAUGCAGCCAAUCCCGUUGAUUUUGAUUUCUGUGGGACUGAUGUUUCUAGUUGUUUUCCGAACGCAGACAUCGUACCAGAAGUGGUCACAAGCAAGGACUUCAUGGGUGAAUGUCAACACAGCGUCCAGGGAGCUUGCAAUGCAGUCGAUGGUGUACGUGAAGGAUUUUGAUGCUGCUUGCGCAUUGGUGCGCUAUCUACUUGUUUUCGUACUAUCUUUGCGCUUUUGGCUGCGAGAGGAAGACUUGUGUGAUGAUCUCGUUCGUCCACUUCUGACACCAGCUGGUCUUGAGUAUUUAAAGAUCAGCUUCGAUGGCGGCGAGUUGCAACAGAAGAUCGAGACAGACCCAUCCUUGACCGUUCAGUUCAAGAAGGUUUGUCAUCCAUUGCCAGCUCUCGAGGUGAUGCGGGGCAUUCUGGAUUUCUGCAUUGAAUCGAAGUCUAUUACAUCUUUCCAGGGGGUGAUGGAGUCAAACUUCAAAGUCCUCAGCACGGCGCUGGCAACCAUGGAACGCGUGCUAGAUACGCAGAUCCCUUUCGCUUACAUCACGCAUGUGCGCACUGCAAUCGUUUUAUACAGCUUGGCAAUACCUUUUUUCUUGACCGUCAAUGUCGGAUGGUUUACUGUGUUAUUUGUGGCAUUCUAUUGUUAUGUCGUGAUGGGCUUGGAAAAUCUUGCGGUGGAGAUCGAAAACCCUUUUGGCACUGAUACGAAUGACUUGCCAAUGGACUCCUAUUGUUGCCAGAUUGCACGUGACAUCGUUGACAUCGUCAGGCGCAAAAAGGAGGUAUUGGUUAGGUUAUAUGAGGACGGCGAGAGAUGAGCCUGUCGUCUUCUUUGAUGGCAUGUGUGAUUGAUUAUGCGACUAGCAUGCUGGUUACUCUGCUGGUGCGAUUCGGCGACUUUUGUACCACAGCGGACUUGAUUCGGCCUAACGUUCCGCGAGUCGCUGAGUGCGUGCAAUCUUGAUCGUGGCGGGGCCCGGAUAUUCUCCAACGCAAGAGCCUCGAAUUCGGGAUAUUUCCCAUGUAUCGAAGAUGCCUCCAGCGUCUCACCGACGCCCCCCCUGGCAGAUUUGCGCAUGGUCUUGGGGUCUCUUGAGGCUGUGUUUUCGUGUUGCGGCAUCGUGGUCAGAUUUUUUUGUUUGUUUUUCGGAACCGAUGGUGCUUUGAUUAUUGGCGGCCUCCCUCUUGGGCCGCUCUUUCGCGGAGAGUGUUUUUUUUCUGGUUGAACCCGUAAUGUCCGUGACGCGGGUCGCCCUCCUUUUCCGCCCGACGCAGACUGGACGCCUUGGAGCCUAUUGCUGAAGGACAUCGUAGUCAAAUUUGGCGGGCAAUCUCGUAAAUCAUCUUGGAGCCAUCCAGGCAAUAUUGGUCCCGUCCACGCCCGGAGGAGGAGGAGGUAGGGGAAGGGGCACCUUCCCCCCCACCCCCCGGAAAGGGUGCAGAUAGAUUCGGAAGAUCGAGCUCUUGAAACCACCUGCUGUCAAGUUGCCAGCGUUGGGUUUCGAUGGUUUUGCGAUGGAAAGAAUGCGUGAGGUUCCCACACCGAACAUCAUCGAACGUCCUGGAGUCUCAGGGUUGGGCUUCGUGUGGAAGGAUUCUUGUGGCCGAGCUCUUCCUGCAAGUUCUGGGCCGCUCAUUCGACCUGCGUCGGGGAAGUUGCUCGUUGCCGAGGCGCGCCCCCUCUGGCAGCUCGGUGCCCGUACGCCCCGCUGGAUUCUAAGCACCCCAGCCGUGCCGAAUUCGUAACGGCGUCGAAGACGAUAGGUGCGACUGCGCCCUUGCCGUGAUUCAGCGGGCGAGAAGCUGGUAGUAUAAGAUUCCUGCCCCAGCUGCUCCGAGCACGUGUGAGGUUGCUAGAGGCGCUGGCAGCUCCAAAAGGUGUCAUUGACACGCGAAUUCGGCUCCGCAUGGAAUAAUGUGGGCCCCCAUUAGCUUUGAUAUCUUCUGAGAAUGUAAGGGGGGUGGCAGAGGGACGGAGGAGUGCAGUUCGGCCGCCUUGCAGAGGACGUCCGGGAGGACACAAGUCUCUUCCGAGGGCGACCUCCGCUCCACACAGGAAGAGGACCUGAGACGCGAUAGAAAAGUCGCAGGGGUACACUUGGCAGGGUUGGCUCUUUAAGCAGAUUCGACCGCACGAGGUGGCGGAGCAUGAGGAUCUAGGCCUCUUA